GAGGGAAGGACAUCUACAUGAGAGGACGGCAAGAGUAAAACAAGAACUACGCCACAACAAUUUGCAAUUAAACAAUGUAAAUGGUUUUUUUGGAUUUCACAUCGAAGUGUAGUAAUUAAGCUUGUUUUUCCAACUAUAAAUACCUGCAAUCUGAACUCAGAUUGUCUAUGCCACCACAAUGGGUGCUCUAAAUUUAGAAGAACGUCCAUUGAAAUUUCAUUUCAUUCCAUACCCUGCACCUGGCCACAUGACCCCUCUAUGCGACAUUGCUACACUCUUUGCCUCAUGCGGUCACCAUGUUACCAUCAUUACCACUCCCUCUAAUGCCCAAAUCAUUCUCAAAUCCAUCCCUUCUCACAACCACCUCCGCCUUCAUACUGUUCCAUUUCCUUCCCACCAAGUAGGCUUGCCGCUCGGUGUUGAAAACCUUGCCUUUGUCAACAAUGUCGACAACUCGUGCAAGAUACACCAUGCCACCAUGUUGCUCCGAUCACCAAUCAACCACUUUGUGGAGCAAGACUCGCCUGACUGCAUCGUAGCUGACUUUAUGUUCUUGUGGGUGGAUGAGUUGGCAAACAGACUUCACAUUCCCAGACUCGCCUUCAACGGUUUCUCACUCUUUGCCAUAUGUGCCAUGGAAUCCCUUAAGGCACGCGACUUUGAAUCCUCUAUCAUUCAAGGUCUUCCUCAUUGUAUCACAUUGAAUGCAAUGCCACCCAAGGCGUUGACCAAAUUUAUGGAGCCACUAUUGGAAACGGAGCUCAAAAGCUAUGGGCUCAUCGUCAACAACUUCACUGAGCUUGAUGGAGAAGAGUACAUCGAGCAUUAUGAGAAAACAAUAGGUCAUCGAGCUUGGCAUUUGGGACCAUCUUCUCUCAUUUGUAGGACCACUCAAGAGAAAGCAGAUAGGGGACAAACAAGUGUAGUGGACGUGCAUGAGUGCUUAAGUUGGCUAAAUUCAAAGCAACCCAACUCAGUGCUCUACAUAUGUUUCGGGAGCCUCUGCCAUUUCACUAAUAAGCAAUUGUAUGAGAUUGCAAGCGCAAUAGAAGCAUCGGGUCACCAAUUCAUAUGGGUUGUCCCCGAGAAGAAAGGGAAAGAGGAUGAGAGCAAUGACGAGAACGAAAAGUGGAUGCCAAAGGGAUUUGAAGAGAGGAAUAUUGGGAUGAUCAUAAGGGGGUGGGCCCCACAAGUGGUGAUUUUAGGCCACCCUGCUAUCGGUGCAUUCUUGACACAUUGCGGGUGGAACUCCACCGUGGAAGCCGUUAGUGCAGGGGUUCCAAUGAUCACGUGGCCAGUGCAUGACGAACAAUUCUACAACGAGAAGUUGAUAACUCAGGUGCGGGGUAUUGGUGUGGAGGUUGGUGUGGAGGAGUGGAGCUUCAUUGGAUUCAUGAAGAAGAAGAAGAUAGUGGGCAGAGACAUUAUAGAGAAGGCUCUGAGGAGGUUGAUGGAUGGUGGAAUUGAAGCUGUUGAAAUCAGAAAGCGAGCACAAGAAUAUGCAAUAAAGGCCAAACGAGCUGUCCAAGAAGGUGGUUCGUCCCACAAAAAUUUAAUGGCAUUGAUUGAUGAUCUUAAACGACAAAGGGGACAUAAGUCAUUAGAUUCUUAA